GAAGGAUGUUCCCGUCGAGUUAGAAAAAAACUUCACUACGAUGCGACACAUCGAAAAGAAAGCUAAAGAAAAGGUGCGUAACGCUCACAAAUUACAGAACGAUUUUCUGUCAAGAAUAAAAGUCUUAACGACAAACGAAAAAAGCGAAUACUUAAACUCAAUACUAUGUUUACUUAACGAAGUGAUAGAACAUGCUGAAGACAAAGUUAAACUGGCUGUUCAAACUUAUGAUGAGUUCAAUGAAAAUGAGAGGAAAUUGGAUUUAGGUAAAGCAAGGUUAGAAGAAAACAUUUAUAACAGAGCAAGUGGCGCAAAAAAUAUUGAAGAAGGCGUACAACAAAUCAAUGAAAUUUGGAACAAGCCGAGUACAUCAAGGGAAGAAGAAACAACACCUUACAAAAUAUCUGAAAAGAAAAUAAUUCAAAAAGAUGUUACAAAAAUGAAUAUUACAGCAACUAGCAAAACACCUUUAGUCGGUGUUAUUCGUCCAACAAAUGCUACCAAUAGUGUAUAUGAUAAAGUAGAGACUGGUCCCCUGAAUGGUUCAUUAGAUAAUGCUGGAGUUGCCCUUUCGCCUGAAGAAUCAGAAAUGCCCGUCGAUUCAAAUGAACAAACAUACUGUUUAUGCAAACAAAUUUCUUAUGGUAAAAUGAUAGCCUGCGAUAACUCAUGUUGUCCAAUUGAAUGGUUCCAUUUUGAAUGUGUUAAUGUAACUACCGAGCCCAAAGGAAAAUGGCUCUGUCCGAAAUGUAAAACAAACAAAAUGAAUAAAUAACUCAUUUUAAAAAUGAAUAAGUUUUUAAUUUUAUACAUACAUAUAAAAAUAAUAUACCGUUUAUAGUACCGUAAUAUUAUUAUUGUCAUUAAAUAACAUACAUAUUUGAGAAUACAA